AUGGACAGCGGGGAGUUUGACCUUGGCUUGGACGUUGGCCUCAGCAUUGUCAUGCCCGACUCGGACGACGAGAGCUCGGACGGGAUCAUGGAGGAUGGCCGGAUCUUCAAGGACGAGGUGCGGUUGUUCACUCUGUCGGAGCAUGGGGUGCAGAUUCCGUUCUCCAAGAUGAAGGAUCGUGCUACAGACUACGACAUAUAUUGCAUCGUGCUCGAUGCCAAGCUGAAGAACUCGCCGCAUCUGAUGUCGACGCUGGCAGACUUUGACUCGGACGCGGUGAGUGUGCGGUUUACCGGCGUGGGUGCCAAGUCGUGUGAGCCGCUCCGGCAGCUGGGACGCGGCCAGUUUGGCACGGUUGAUCUGGUCCGCGACUCGUCGCAAGGCAAGCUGUACGCGCUCAAGCGGGUCAACGUGGAGUCGGUCAUCAUGGCCGACUCGGCCCGCAAGCACCUCGUCUCCGAGUUCCAGGCCCUGUUUCUUGCCUCGAUCUCGGACAAGCUUGACGGGGCGUACAAGCCCGGCGCGGCGUUCAUUGUCAAGUUCUACGGCGGCUUCUACUGGCACCGCCAUAUCCACCUAGUCACCGAGUACAUGAACGCCGGCACGCUGCAGUCCUUUAUCGACAACACCGAGUACCCGCUGCCCGAAGCCAUUGUCGGCAAGAUCGCGUACUGCCUAGUCUCGGCUGUCUCGUUCCUCAAGUCCAUCAAGAUGAUGCACCGCGACAUCAAGCCCGAAAACGUGCUCCUCAACUCGCAGGGCAUACCCAAGCUCGUCGACCUCGGCCUCGCCGCAAACCUUCAGGCCUCGAUUGCCAACUCGCUCCUCGGCGACCUCGAGUACCUCGCUCCCGAGCAGCUGCGGACCGACGACAACGGCAACCCGUAUCCGUACACCGUCAAGGCUGACGUCUACUCGGUCGGCCUCACCGUACUCGAGCUCGCCCUCGGCUUCCAUCCCAUCAACGGAACCUCGCAUGGAGGCCCCAAGAAGAACGUCAACGAGCUCCAUCUUCUGCAGGCCAUUGCAAACGGCAACAUCGCCAUCGGUCCGGCCGCCUACUCGGACGACUACCUCUCGUUUGUUCUCGAGACCACCGCCCUUGAUCCGGAGGAGCGCCCACUCCCCACAGAGCUGCUGGAGGACGACCCCUGGCUCGCCGAGCAUGUCGUCGCCUCCGAGACCGAUCUCGUCGACGUCCAGCUCCUUGUUGCCCCGUUUGUCCCCACCAUUGAUCCCGACAUUGAUGGCUACGGGUCGUAUGGGAGCCUAGCGACCACAACGAGCGGGAGCAACGCCGAGAGCGCCGGCUGGCCCGAGUUCACAGCGCAGCAGACCGAGGUGGCCCGCAAGGCCGCUGUGCUGCGGACACCGGCCGAGGUUGUGCGGGCAAUGGCGGAGCAUGUCGAUGCCUCACUGGAUCAGCUAAUGCUGCAGUGGAUCGUCCGCGGCAUGCUUGCAGGCGUCCUCAUCACCUCGGGCGCCUUUCUCUCGGCAGUCUUCUCGGCUGGCGUCGAGGCCCAUGGCCCGCAAGCCUUCCUGACAGGCAUGGGCUUUGUCGCCGGCUUUUCCAUGGUCAUCCUCUCGGGAUCGCUGCUCUUCACCGAAGUCAACAUCUCUGUCCCCACCUAUCUCCUUGCCCGCGGUGGCUGGAAUGCGGCCGCCGGCUGCUUCGGCUGCGCGCCGACCGCGCCAUCGGGGCGCGGCGCAAGCGGCAAGUCGGCCCGCUUCCGCCCGCGGCGUGCCAUUGCCAUGUGGCUGGUCUCAGUCGUUGCCAACUACGUCGGCUCGCUCAUCGCCGGCGUCCUCUACAUCGGCGGCUCGCUGCUCAAGGGCGAGUCGCUCGUCCGGCUCAACACCAUCGUUCUCGGCAAGCUCUCGCCGUACUGGAACAACGGCGCCAGCGGCUGGUUCUCGGUCGUGGUCUCGGGCAUGCUUGCCAAUUUGCUGGUCGGGAUGGCGGCGUACAACGCCUCGGUCACCCGCACGCUACCGGGCGUCAUCCUCGGCAUCUUCCUUCCGGUUCUCGCCUUUGUUGCCCUCGGCGCCGCUCAUUCGCCCGCCAACAUGGGCUACUUUGCGCUCUCGCUCAUCAACGGCAACUCGCCGAUCACCUGGGGCGAAGCCUGGGCAUGGAACAUCGCGCCGGCUGUUCUCGGCAACGCCCUCGGUGGCACCCUUCUCCUCGCCUUCCCCAUCUUUAUCUCCCAUGGCGUCUCGCCCGCCACCUACCGCACCAAGCUCAUGUGAGCAGUUGACGUCGCCUGAUGCAGCCCCCCUGCG